AGAUUUGCCACGUUGCCGUAGACAACAGACUUAACGCCGGGAUGAUGCAGUUUACAUGUCUCCACACACGGUGGUGAACGGCAGACAGCUCUAGGCUGCUUUAAUAACACCUGUGUGUCAGGUUUGCUGUCAGGUGGGGUCCUCUCUCGCUCCACGGCUGUAAAAUGCUGACUGACGUGAUUUUGGAGGAAGAGUUUGACAAGAAUGGGGAGCCUUGGUACGACCCGCAGGACCUUGAACACGAUCUCCAUUUGGCAGCGGAGCUUGGGAAAACACUCCUCGACAGGAACCAUGAGUUGGAGCAGGCGCUGCAGCAGAUGUACUCAACCAACCAGGACCAGCUGCAGGAGAUAGAGUACCUGACCAAGCAGGUGGACCUCCUCCGUCAGAUGAAUGACCAGCAUGCCAAGGUGUAUGAGCAGCUAGACACGGUCGCCAGGGAUCUGGAGCAAGGCAACCAGAGACUAGUGCAGGACAACCGCCUGGCCCAACAGAAGAUCCACAGUCUAACAGAGACCAUCGAAGGGCUUCAAACCUACAUGGAGGACCUGCAGACUCAGGUGGAGGAGCUCAGGACUGCGCAGGCAGAGCGAAACAAAAGAGAGAUGGCAGAGCAGCGUCGCAACCUCGGAGCACAGAGUGUGUCUUGUCUCAAAGAGCUGUACGACUUACAACAUGACAGGCAUCUCACCCACAAUGAUCGGCAAGUGGAUGGACUCUGGUCACCUCAGGGCUCUUUCUAUGACCGAGACAGAUGCCAAGACCCGGAAGAGGAGCACGAGGCUCUUCAGCGCUCCAUCCAGACUCUUCAGAGUCAGAUAGCUGUGGAGCGCAGCCGCAGGGAGGCUGCAGAGCGGGAGAGUGAGUUGACAGCCAUGGAGAACCAAGGCUUGGAGCAACGGCUGGCCCUGCUGGCGGGCUGCCGGGCCAGGCAGAAGGAGCUAGAGGCUGAAGUGGAGCAGCUGCGGCUUCUGUGGCGGGCAGAAUGUGCCAACAGUGUCAGAAGACCAGACCAGCUGCUGUUGCCUGAUACAGUGUUCUUUGCCUCAGAAGAAAAACCCAGUCAGGAGCAGAGUGAGACAGAGGAGAAGAUAGAAAUGGACGAGGAGCAGCAGAGAAAGUACAGCCGGCAGAGAUGUAACAGCGACGGCUUUCUGAGAGCGAUGAACGCAGACGAGAUUCGCCGUGGUCACGAGCAGAUGUGUAUAAGGCGAGCCGAGGCGGUGAAACAGAGGGGCAUCUCCCUGCUCAACGAGGUGGACGCACAGUAUAGCGCGCUGCAGGUGAAAUAUGACGAGUUGCUGCAGCGGUGCCAGCAAUCAACAGACGGGCUCAGCCAUAAAGGCGUUCAGACUUCCAGCAAUCCUGGUGCAAACAGCCGGACACGCCGCCGCCUGUCCAGCUCAGCUGCUUUGUCCGAUCUGACAGUGGUUUUGGAAGAAGGCCAGCAGCCCGAGUACAAAGUUCUCUUCAAGGAGAUCUUCACUUGCAUCCAAAAGACCAAAGAGGACCUCAGCGAGAACAAACGUCCAGUCACGGACAGUGAUUCUCAGGGCUGUGCCAAAUGAUUGUAUUACUCAUCGUCCUGGGAUAUGGCGCUUGCACUUGUUUGUGUCCGUGAACAUUUUUGACAAAGGCAAAAAUAUCCAGGGGGAACAGAUGCAAUAAGCACAUUCAGUUCCUGUGCUUCUUAGACAUUAUGCAAUCCUCUUAUCUAACGUCAUCUUGACGCACCUAUGUUUUUUGUCAGUCAGCACUGUUCCUUAUAUUCCAUCCUUAUCAUAAAUUAAGUGUUAUAAAACUUGCUAUAAAAGUCUGUUGUACAUUCCAAACAACAACAGAUACAGAAACUGCUUAUUGGCGCAGUGAGUAUAAUAAUGAGCAGGUAUUGUUUAAGCAGACAUUCAUAGUUAGAUAUAAAGUACAUUUCAAUGUGUAGCUUGACCUCCAAAUUUGCAAGUAUUAUGUCCAUUUACAACAGUAAGCAGUGUUUAUAUAAUGGAAAUCAUGUGACCACUUGAUCAUCUGGUGCUUGGGAGAGAAAGACACGCAUUGAAUAUUGUUGGUGUGUUGAUAUAAGUUGGAGAUGAAGCUGUUAUGUAUGACUUAUGUAAACAGAAAUGUUGGAAUGUUGUAAUAGGAUGAAAAACUGUAGCUAUGAAAUUACUAAAGACUCAGGCGAUUGUGAUAAUUAGCUUAAACAGCUAGUGUUUGUUGGUUUUUGUAAGUUGACAAUAGUUGGCUCACCGGUCAGGGUCACUGGCACAUCUCCAGAGAAAUAUCAGUGGACACUGGAAAACAGUUUUGUUUUGUUUUUCAAGUCUGUACAGCUCCUGAUGAGUGUCUCUACGCUGAUAGGACACGCAACAGCUCUGCACUUUUUAUGACUGAAUUACCGUUUCUUUUUAUUUAUUUUUGACAUAAGUUUAGAGAAGAUUAAAUGUUAUUUAUUUUCUUUGUUGCUAAAUACAGCAGAUUGGUCAGUUGAGAGUAACUGGAAGUGAAAUUAAAUGUACACUGAGGUGUUUUUUCUGUGGUUGUAAAUAUUCUGUCUGACACAGCUGAUUGAAUACAGGAUCAUAGAGGCAAAUGAGGAACGCAAAAUAAAUGUUCCUUUAAUUAUAAACAGUUUCUUCUGCAUAAUGUCCUUUUCUGGCUCAUUUUGUCAUAAUAUUCUUUGUGACAAGACAUUUCCUGCACUUAAUAUGGAAGAAAAACUGUGUUAAGUGGGUUAGUGAGUGUCAAAACAACAGAGAGGCUAUAGACAAACAGUUUUUCCUUCUAAUCUUUUCAGUCUAAAUUAAAGCAGUUGUGAAGAUACAGUAAAAGGAAAAAUCAGAAAUGUCAAGACCUCAACUACUUAUCAGAUAAACCUCAUACUGCUGACCCCAUUCACAGUGAAACAGUUCUCACCUUUUAUUUCAGGCUUCUUCUGUUACCAUGUUGUCAUUUUACUUUCACUCUUCAUGUGAUGUGAUGCUCAUCCGAAAAACUAUGCUUAUUGGACAAUGUUCUUAAAUAUAACACGGGCAUUUAAUAA